AUGUUUCAACAAGAAAGUUUUGAGGAAGAAGAGCAACCUAUACCCAAAAGUGGCACAUUCACUACGAACUUGAGCAGUGUUUCGAUGGAUCUGGAGCCAUCGUGUUCGAAUUAUCAAGAAAAAAAACGGUGGGUCAUGUGAAAUUUGGCAUUAUUGUUAUUUUUUUACAUUUUGUAAACAUUUUUUUACUGAGUGACAUUUUGUAAGAUAAAAAGUGUACAGACAUGUUUCAUCGUAUAAUAUGUAGCUUAAUAAAUUUUUUUUUAAUUUUUAUUUACUUUCAUGUUUUUAUAAAGUAAUUUAAAUUUAGAAAGUAAAUUUUUAACUAUUUUUUAAAAAUUGUAGACAUUUUAUACGAUGAAAUGUGUACGACAUGUUUCAUCGUAUAAUAUGUCGCUUUAUAAAUUUUUUUGAUUUUUAAUUAUUUUCAUGUUUUUAUAAAGUAAUUUAAAUCUAGAAAGUAAAUUUUUAUCUAUUUUUAAAUCUUAUAGACAUUUUAUACGAUGAAAUGUGUACGGACAUGUUUCAUCGUAUAACUUGUUGCUUUAUAAAAUUUUUAUGAUUUUUUAUUAUUAUUAUGGUUUAAUAAAUUAAAUCAAAUUUUAAAACUAAAUUUUUAACUAUUUUUUAAAAAUUGUAGACAUCUUAUACGAUGAAACAUGUUUUAUCGUAUAACCUGUCACUCUGUCAUUAUGUUUUAAAAAAAAUAAUUUUUUUUGAAAUUUUUAAAGUUUAUGCAAAAUCUUUUUUUACUUUUUUUGCAUUUUAUUUUUUAAUUUGUUGUUUUGAAGACAUGUUAUACGCUUAAACAUGUUUCAUCGUAUAACAUGUCUCUAUAAUUUUAAAAACAAAAAAUUAUGGUAAAAGUUGAAUUUUCUUAAAAUAUCAGGUCAUAUAAAGCCAAAUUUAAAUAUAAUAGAUUGUAUUACAUAGUAACAUGUGAUACGAUAAAACACCUUUCAUCGUAUAAGAUGUCACUUUUGAACCUAAAUUUAAAAUUUUUAGGUUAUCAAUAUCAGAUGAAGCCAAGAGGUUAAAAGAAAAGGCGAAUCACUUGGUGGUGCGGUUGCCAGCUGAACAGUUAAGGAAGAUAGCCAAUACGACCGGUGUCAACUCGAUACGAACUGAGACACAACAUUUCGUUGGUAUUUACUAUUAUUUUUUUAAAUUUAAACUUUUUUAUUUAAGUUUUUUAAGUUUCUAUUAAGCAAAAAAUCAAAGUUUAUGAAAAACCGCCAGAACUUUCUUUACAAAAGCAAAAAAUGCAAUUCAUCGUAUAACUUGUCACCCGCAGGCUGCGAAACACAUAUUUGUACUACUUUUACGUAAAAACCGCAAGAACUUUCUUUACAAACCUUAAUUUUUGAAUAAACGCAAGAACUUUCUUUCCAAAACCCAUUUUUUCAAAAAACCGCAGGAACUUUCUUUACAAAAGCAAUUUUUUGAAAACCGCAAGAGCUUUCUUUACAAAACCUAUUUUUUAAAAAACUGCAAGAACUUUCUUUACAAAACCUAUUUUUUCAAAAACAGCAAGAACUUUCUUUACAAAAGUUAUAUUUUAGGUAUUGCCUCGUUACACGGCCCUAUACGAAUAUACCGUAGUCGAGGGCAGGGCCGCUUCUUUUGGAUUGUUGCUACAGUAUUUUGUGUUUUUAUGAUGUGUUAUCAAAUAUACAGAUUAGUCAGCUUGGCUUCACAACAACCUAUCGUAUCUCAGGUAGGUCUGGAAUAGGCUAAGUUAAGCUAUGUAUGCUAGGGGGUAAGGCUAGGCUAGGAUUAGGUUGGCUUGACUGGACUGCACUAGACUCAGCUGUUUGAGUUAGAUUGGGUUGGGCUGAGAUGUUUUGGGCUAGGUUGGGUCAGGCUGAGAUAUGACGAAUUAAGCUGGGCUGGGUUGGGAUUGUGCUGGGAUAAGCUGGGCUGAGCUGUGUUGGGUUGAGCUAAGCUGUAUUAAGCUCGGAUGCGCCAGGCUGGGCUGAGCUAAGCUAACCUGGGCUGGGAUGAGCUGGAGUGCGCUGGAAUAGGCUGAACCGGGGUGUGGGGCUGAACUAGGCUGAGCUAGGCAGAGGUGUGCUAAGACAGAGUAGGCAUGGCUUGAAUUGUGGGCCAGUCUGAGCUAUGCUGAGUAGGGUAACGCUAGCCUGGGCUAGAUUGGGUUGUGUAAAGUAUUUCUGGAUACGGUACGGUAUAUUAAUAAAGUAUUUUUUCAGAUUUCAUUUCGUCUUCCAGAAGAAGGCCUAAAAUACCCACUAGUCACAAUAUGUAGCUUUAACUAUGUCACAAAACAUUAUCUUAAUGGUACGUUUUACCCUUACUUAUAUUAAUGUAGCUUAACCUACGCUUACCUUCAGCCUUAUGCCUUAUAAUUUUAAAAUUAAAAUAUUUUUCAGCAUUUAUAAAAAAGUACAAUGUCUCAAACGAGCUGACCCGCUUCAUAUUGAUGACGAGUUUGGAGGUUCAGAAUUUACAGAAGAAUGAACAAACCCAAAUCACAGCGACACAGGAUGAAUACCUCCAGUUCGCUGAAAGAAACCCUGAGUUUUCGUUAAACAAGUUCUUCAGGGAUGCUGCGUAAGUUCUUUUCUAAAGUUUUUUUUGGCUUAGAAUUGGCUUAACUACUCUAGGCUAAGAGAAGAUAGGCUGAGCUACGUCGUGCUAGGCUUUUCGCUAGGCUAGUCUAAGUUGUAGUAUGCUGGACUGGGACGUGCCAAGCCAGCCUAGACUAAGCUGGGCUAAGUUGAGCAGGGCUAUGCAUUUAAACUAGCAUAGCUAUGCUAGGUUGAGCUUUGAGCUAGUUUGGGUUGGGCUAAGCUGGUCUAUGUUAGGUUGGACUGAGCUAGAGAUUUGUUAAAAUUACGUUUGAGCUAAAGCUUAAUCCUAAGCUUAAGCAUACGCCUAUGCCUGAGCUUAAGCCUAAGCCUAAGCCUAAGUCUAAGCCUAAGCAUAUGCUUAAGCCUAAACAUAUACCUACGCCUAAGCCUAAGACAAAGCCUAAGCCUAUGCUUAAGCCUAAGUCUAAGCCGAAGCCUAAGUCUAAUUCUAAUUUUAAGCCUAAGCCUAAGUCUAAACCUAUCAUUUGAAUUUUCAGACCAUCCUGCAAUGACACUCUUCGUAUCUGUACAUACGCGUCGGAAGAAUUCAAUUGUUGUGACUAUGCCAAAUCAAUUAUGACUGAUCUCGGGAAUUGCUAUCAACUCGACCUAAAUUACUAUGCUCGGUCGAAGAAACUUACUCCGCAGGCUGGGGUCAACAAUGGGUAAGUAAAAACUAAAAAAUUGUUUUGUUGAAAAAUUGCAAGAACUUUCUUUACAAAAUGAUAAUCGUUUUUUACUGUAAUUUUUGUACUACAGCAUACUACAGUAACCUCUUUAGGCUCCAAGUAUACGCUGACUUCCAUUCUGAUGAACAACCUAACACAACAUAUAAUGACUUUAUGUCAAAUGUCGAGAACGGGUUCAGGUACUACAUUCAUUCGAGAAACUCAGUACCAUACAUACACAGUGAGGGUACUAGUGUAUCGCCUGGUCGGAAGGCCUUUUCAUCUGUUAGCCCUAAUCACGUAAGUUGCCGUACCUCUCUCCUACUCUACCCUACCCUACCCUACCCUACUCUACCCUACCCUACUCUACCCUACCGUACUCUACUUUACCCUACCCUAGUCUUACAAGGUAAUAUUUUAAAUUACAGUACAUUCUGCACCCCUCAGGCAAUCGUUGCUCGCAGGACUGGUCGGAGGACAAGCUUGAUGACGUUUUAUCCCAUCACAACUACUCCAGCUCACUGUGCCAGGCACAUUGUUUUGCCGUGCAUUUGUUCGAAAAGUGUAAAUGUGUUCCGUUUUUGUAUAGUUUGAAUGGAAGUACGUGGUUUGUUAUGUUAUCUGUCGUUUUUAGUGUGUGCAUUCCUUAAUUUAUCAGGCUUGUUUUUAUAGGGUAAUGCUUAGUUUUAGGCUUAGUCUUAGGCUUAGACUUAAUUUUAAGCUUAGGUUGCGUCAUGGGCUUAAUAAACAUAAGAGCAGUAGGAUUAAGCUUAGAAUGCUUAGGUUUAGUAGACUUAGGCUUAGUAGACGUAGGCUUAGUAGGCUUAGGCAUAGUAGGCUUAAGCUUUUAAACAGGCCUAAACACUUUUGCUGCCAUUCUUUAUAUAACCCCCAGCAGAAAUUGAGAGCCAAAUCCCAGCACUCGCAGUAAUUUUUUGGGUCGUUUUACAUCGAGGCAGAUGUUAUAUAAAACCAUAACAUUACAUAAGAAAACGUUGCGCAAUACGAUUUUUUGCAAUUUCUCUAAGGCUAUGUUAAUAUACAAUAACAUUAAGUAACCCCGAAAUUAUUUUACCUUAACGUAAGCCACAAAUUUAUUACACUGAAAAGUGUUGUUACGUUACCUAGGGUUUAGUUUCUAUAGGUGGGGUAGGCUUACGAUUAAUAGGUUUAAGCUUAGUUUUUUGGCUUAGGCUUAACGUUAGACUUGAUAGGGUAGGAUAGGGUGAAGCGGAAUAAGGUAGGUAGAAUACCUAUGACUUUAGGUUAGAUAAGGUAGAGUCAGGUAAGGCAGGGUAUUAUUAAACACUUUUCUAUUUAUUUCUUGUUAAUGGUUACCAUAAGCCUCUAGGCUUAAUUAUCUUUUAAUCGUUUCAGCUUACAACACCUGUUCAGUGGCCGAGAACUACAACUGUUUGAAUACGACGUUUGGGGUGGAUCCGGCUGCGAAUUGUAAGUUUUUUUGUUUUGUAAAGAAAGUUUUUGCCAUUUCUUGUUUUGUAAAGAAAUUUUUUGCCAUUUUUGUUCUGUAAAGAAAGUUUUUGCCAUUUCUUGUUUUGUAAAGAAAGUUCUUGUCAUUUUUUGAUUUUUAAAGGAAAUUCUUGCCAUUUUUUGUUUUGUAAAGAAAGUUCUUGCUAUUUUUUCAAAAAUUGAUUUUUGUAAACAAAUUCCUUUCAGCCGAGGACAUAUUGAAGAAGAUAGCUCCGGACUGUUCACAUUGUCGUAUGGAAUGUGACAGAUGGGACUAUCAAGUGUAUACCUCAUAUUCUGAUGGCUUUUCACGGGCAGUAUCCGCUUAUUUGAAGAAACAUGAAAAGAUUAGGAACAGCAAGUUGAAGUAAGUUCGAAAUUUUGAAUUUUGAAAUUAAAAAAAAAUGUAGCACUGGCCAGUUUACUAUUAUACAUAAUAGGGUAUGGUAGGACAAGGCAGACCAGGGUAGGGUAAGAUAGAAUAGAACAGGGUAAAGCAGGGUAAAGAGUUUUUUUGCGGUUUUUACUGAAAAUGAACGAAAAGUUGUUUUGGCAGCCUGCGGGUGACAAGUUAUACGAUGGUUUUGUUUUAGCCUGUUAUAAAGAAAGUCUUUAGCAAAAACUUUCUUCACAAAACAUUUUUUUUUAAAUAGCAAUUUUCAACUUUUUAUCAAAAAAAAAUUUUUUAGUUUUAAAAUUUCGAAAUUUUCAGAAAAGAUUUCGUUGGAAUAGCGGUAUUCUUCCGUGAAAUCUCCUUCACCGAGUACGAGCAAGUCGAACGGACCUCAAUGUCCGAGAUCCUCUCCGACAUUGGCGGUAAUAUGGGCCUAUUUCUGGGUAUGAGUGUACUAUCCGUCAUCGAGAUAUUGAUUUACAUAGUAAAAGUGUCAUGGCUGUUUGUCAGCUCGAAGCGACGUCAACAUAUGGCCUCAAAAGGAGAGAAACAACGUCGACAACGUCAAAAUGAUCUACAGGACAUUGAUGAAGAAGAUGAGGUUAGCCCCACGAUGGCUAGCCGACUCAGGCGGCUGGCUGGGAGCAUUCGGAGGAAGACGGCUGCUGUUUGGCAUCCUUACGGCUUGGAGUCGGAGAAGGUGGGUUUUGACAAAAUUUAUGGCACAAAAAUUAAAAAUUUUUUGUGAUUAGACUGGUCUUUAUCUAAUUUUACAAUAAAUUUAAAAUUUUUAAAAUUUUUUAAAUUUAGCGACAAGUUAUACGAUGAAACAUGUUUGAGUGUGAACAUAUUUGAUCGUAUAACUUGUCACUAAUACAAUAAUAUGUUCGAAAACAUAGUUGAUGGGAUGUAUAAUUUUGUAAGCUACCUAAAAAUGUAAUUUUUGGGCUUAAACAUAGUAAAGGGAACAAGUUAUACGAUAAAACAUGUUCAGAAUCAAACAUGUUUCAUCGUAUAACAUGUCUUCUUGACAAGUGGUAUGCUUAAAAUUUACUUUUUCUAUAAAUUUAUGUAAUUUUACAUCAUUUAAAAUUAGUUUUUUAACAUAAUUUUAUAUUGGUGACAAGUUAUACGAUCAAACAUGUUCAUAAUUAAACACGUUUCAUCGUAUAACAUGUCUCCUAAACCAAAACUUGUCAUAAAUUUACAAAUUUCAGGACAUUGGCCCAGAAACCGAGCUAAAACAAACCACUCUGUACCCAACAACCUCGGCCAGCUACUAUCUCGACAACAUUGUGACCGAACGCACCAUGGGCAUGGGUAAGGCCGUGGUUCGACCGACCGAAAUGGUCGAACUGGAGCUGGAGCUGGGCAGUGACACCGAAUCCGAAAAGAUAUCGAAGAAGAGGAGUCACAAGAUUGGCAGAAGUCAUACAGUGAGGCCGAAGGUUUCGACGAUCUACGCGGUUCGUACUGUAAUGGGUGAGGACAAUGAAGGUUACGGUAGUGAUACGAUGGGAACGGACGGUAUUGUACGGCAACGGUCGCAGUCGUAUAUAAGAUCGGAUAAAGAUCGGGGAAAGUAUUAG